AAUUUGCUCAUUGAAAACGAUUUAUUCAAAAAGUUUUAUUGGUUGAAAUAUUGGUGAAAGUACUUUUUGCAUUGAAACUGUUAAAUUUAUAUUGCUGGUUGCGCUGCAAUGUACAAUGAAGAGCUUAGCAGUGAUAACGAUAUUGUACUUAAAUCUAUUGAAACCAUAAUGUUCGAACAUAACCAAAAGAUCGUCAAAAACAAUUUCGAGAAUGGCUGUGGCUUACUGGUGACUGUAAUCAAAACAUUGGACGCUAGUGAAACCAGUGAAGAACGUCAGAGGGAAAAGAAUCGAUUCGAGAAGGAGUUCAAAAAGACCGAUGCAAAGCUAAACGAUCUGGUGUCGAAGCACGAUGGCGAUCUCAAUCAGAUUAUGCAACUGUUCAGCCAAGUGUCGGCCCAGGUGACAGUAGCGCGAGACAAAAUCCAUGUCGUUAAAGAGAAUCUGCAUUCGUGCAAACGUUUGCUACGGUGUCGACGGGAAGAGUUGAAAAAAUUGUGGGUCGAUGCACUACAGCAGAAACAUGUUUUGGAGAUGUUGGAACAAAUUAAUGAUCUACGCAAAGUACCACAACUGGUUCAAAUGUACACAUCAAAGAAGCACUACCUGCAUGCCACAAAAACGCUAACACAAGCCAUCGAAUUAAACAACGGCCCGUUAAAAGCUGUCGAAGGCUUGGUCGAUCUACGAAGCGAGUUGGAGAACCAUCGAACGCAACUGUACAAUAAGAUGAUCGAGGAACUGCACAAACACCUGUACACAACCAGUUCAAUGGAAGUGCUGACGAAUUUUCAGCGUGACGGAUCGGCCCGAAAUAGUAAUUUCGCUUCGCCGUUUCAACGAAACAACAUACGAAGGUCAGCCGAACGAGCAGAAGUGAACACAAAAAUCCGGAAAGUUCUGUUCGAAAUGGCACAGCGAUCCGAUACCGACACGACGGAGAUACUCACGGAGAAUACGGACCUGCUGGAUCCCGAUCUGAAUGCUACAUAUUUCCUGGGAAUAAUCAUCGAGUGCAUUGCAUUGCUGAACAAAGUGCCUGAAUCGUUAGAAACGAUCAAAUCGCAAAUUGAAUUGGAAUUGUCGGCUGUGGUCACAAGAACAACACAACAUCUCGUCACAAUGAACAAAUCAUUGCCGAUCGAAACGAACAGUGACAAGACCGCGACGCAUCCAUUGCUCGAGUUAGUCGAAUUGACUUACAAGCAGUUCAAGUUAAUUGCUGAAGCCCACGGCAUGUUGCUAAAGAAUUAUUUGAGUGUUACGCAACGCCAUUCGAUCGUUGUCAAGCCGUACGAUAUUUCGGAUUAUUGGACGCAGGCACAAGCUGUGUUCCAAUUGCUGUUGACAGACUACGUGGAAAUUCAGAAUCCAACCAGUGAUGAACAACCAGAGCCUAGUUUUAUCGAACAAACCAACAACAUAAAUUCUUACUUCAGCCGUCGCAAGAUACCAACGAAAAAAUCUUUGUUCAAAUUUGACAAGGCUUCCGCUUCUCACAAUGACACCGGAGCCAGUGUGAAGGAGCACAAACGAAACGCUUCCGAUAUGUCAAACGAUGAAACGCUGUUGCUGAUUUCCACCAGCAUCACACCGAAAAAUCAGCAAAAAGCCCGAGAAAAGACGUUCGUGUGCGAUCCGAAUCCGUCACUAAUCCGAGUGCUGUAUCUGCCGCUGAUGAACUAUAUCAGGGAGAUGGAAGAGCUGAUGAAGAACAAAUCGAAUCAGGGAAGUGGCCUGAGAACAUUCUUAACCGCACACAUCAAGGACCAAUUUUUGGCAAAAGGUCACAAUCGUACGCUGCAGUUGACCGUUGAAGCAUUGUCCAAAAAUCAUGAUGCCUGGAGAGCGAUUAUAUCGUCGGAAGAAAUCAAAGCCUUAGGUUUAACUCGGCCGUUGUUACAAAGUACCGUUCUGUUUGAGAAUCGCAUCACCGAAACACGAAAUCUCAUUCAGGAUCUACCUGAUUACUCGGAAGAUUUAUUGAAAAUGGUGUGUUCGCUGCUGAAAACUUAUAGGGAAACGUGUCAAGCCGCUUACCGUGGAAUCGUUCAACCGGAAACUGAAGACAAACGAAUUUAUAGUGUUGCUUGGCUCAAGGACGACGACAUUACUCGAUUUUUAAAAACUUUACCGAACUGGACCGAUUUGAAGACGUACAGUCAAAAGAGCAAAUUGGGCGGACGCAAAAAUUUAAAGUCGUCCGCUUUCAGCACAUCAGAAGAAGAAAGUCCCACACAGAUCCAGCAGAGAAAUAUUCGCGAGGCCGAAAUGUUGACCAGUAAUCUUGGCGAAGGCGGUAUAUCGCAGCAGGAAAUUUUAUCGGACGUCAGUGUGCUGAAGGAAUUGGCCAUUCUCCAGGAGAGCAUGGAAUGGUUUGCCAACCGAAUUUCCGAGUUCACCAACGAUCUACGCAAACCAAUUGUAAAUUCGAUCCAAGCUACUAACGGCGACGAUUUCUCAAAUACUCAAUCGGUGUCGAUUAAAGACGGCACCAUCAAAGUACUCACCAAUUUGGCGUUAGAAUUCGAAGAUUUGGCAAACACUUGCUUGUUGGUGCUACAUUUAGAGGUGCGUGUUCAAUGCUUCCAUUACUUGAAAGGCAACCCGUUGGAUAAAUUCAACAGCAGCCACUCAAACAAAAGCGGGUCCAUGGAGCCAGAUGUUAAAGUUUUGAAAUUCACAAAGGUUUUGUCGGAAAUGGACGAAGCCCUAAUGUCCACCUUGCAUCCACGAAAGACAAAGUACAUUUUCGAGGGACUCGCUCAUUUGGCAGCCAAAAUUCUAAUCAACGCUGCUAAUUACAUGGAACGAAUCGAUGAGGCCGGCGUUCAACGGAUGUGUCAUAAUUCGAUGGCGUUGCAACAAACAUUAAGUAGCAUAACAGCGUCGCGUGAAGUAGCACUGGAUCAUGCGAGAAAUUUUUACGAAAUGUUAUACAUGACCCCGGAGGAAAUUCUGACAACAAUUAUUGAACGCGGUGCUCAAUACUCCGAGUUGCAGUAUUUGAACGCUUUGCAGUUGUCGUGUAAGGCAAAAGGAAUCCAAGAUUCGAACACAUUGGCUACAUAUCAACAGAAACUGUCUGAUAUCCUUGGUACUAAAACGGCCGUUGGCAUCGUCAUAUGAAUUCGAACGAAUCGUUUUCGGUUUUCGGCUUUUUAUUGAAAUUUUAUUUCUAUUUUUUACAUUAAAAUUACGAUAGCGCUUCGUUGGUUAUUUCUAAAGAAUAUAUAUUGAAGAGUUUACAAUGGAUGUUCCGCAGUUUGUAGCACAAUUAAAUACAGUGAGAAAAGUAGUUGAUUGCAGGAAACAAUAAACGUUACAGAACUAAAUUGAC